AUUUCUCAGAAAAAAUAUUAAUACGACGUAUAAUUGUAAUAAGUAGAAAAUGUUUUGGGGCUAUUGAUUCUGGUUGAAUUCGUUACCUCCGAUAUUCUACAUUUUGUACAAGUACAAAAUAUCAUCAAAUUCAUGGAAACAAUAACGCUGCGAAGCAUAGAGAAGCUGGGAGAUCUUUGAAGCUAAUUUUGAAGAUUGAGCUACUUCAUGUUGUAUGGAGAUCGGUCAUGAAUACGCAGUGAAUACCCUAGACGGUACUUUAACCAAUCAAAAUGCUCCUUUCCAUGAAUAAUAUUUGCCGUUAAUCAGCUAAAACAAUGGUUCUGUACGCUGAGAAAUAUGCAGCGUACAGCCUCAAAGUUGGUUCAAAAUAGUCUCGUUAUGAGAUCGAUAUAAACAGUUAAUGGACGUCGGAGCGGUUGGAGUGAUGGAGCUGCACCGAAAACAGUAAACAUGACAUAAUUAAAAAACUAUUGCAAUGUCCGUAUUACUGUUUCAUAAUCAUUCUCUCAUUUGACCACUAAACUUAAUCUACCAACAGCAAAGUGGAAAGGAAAGGGUUCAAGAUGCGCUUUCCAAAUGCCUCUGUUGGUGAGCAAAUUCGAAGGUUGUUCUAUGCUGUAACUCCAAAGGAGACAACGUUCGAGAAAGUCGAAGAUGUGCCUAAUUACUUGAAUGAAGCACUACCCAUUUUCCUUGCUGCAAUUGCAGUCGAAUAUGUAGUCGCGAUACUGAAAGGAAAACCAACACUACGGUUCAAUGAUGGCUUGAGCUCCUUCCAUAAUGGUAUCCUGUCUCAGUUAAUGAAGAUCAUGGUCCUAAUUGCGGAAUUCACUCUCUAUUUGUUUGUUCAUGAUAAUUAUCGGAUAACAACUUUGCCUUGGGAUUCUCCAUGGACCUGGGUUCUAUCUUUUCUGUUCAUUGACUUUCUUUACUACUGGUUUCACAGAGCUACUCACGAGGUCAAUUUCCUAUGGGGUGCCCACCAGGUUCAUCACAGCUCUGAAGACUACAAUCUUUCGACUGCCCUGAGACAAUCUGUUGUACAGAAGUACACAAAAUGGAUUUUUUACUUGCCACUGGCUCUUGUCGCUCCUCCAUCUUCUUAUUAUGUACACACCCAGUUGAAUCUCCUGUAUCAGUUUUGGAUCCAUACAGAGGUAAUCGAGUCCCUGGGACCUUUAGAAUAUAUUCUGAACACCCCGAGUCAUCACCGAGUCCACCAUGGCCGAAAUCCAUAUUGCAUAGACAAGAAUUACGGCGGGACACUGAUCAUAUGGGAUCGUUUGUUUGGUACAUUCCAAGCUGAAAAGGAAGAGAAGGUGGUUUACGGUUUGGUUCACCCACUGGGAUCUUGGAAUCCAAUCUACAUACAGCUCUGUCACUUCCAGUAUAUGUUUCAAACAUUUUGGAAAAUGGAUGGCAUCCGAAACAAGAUUUCCUUCGUGAUAAAAGGCCCUGGCUGGGUUCCUGGAAGUCCACGUCUUGGCAACCCGGAAGACAUUCCCGAUAUCGAGCAUCCAGUUGUGAAGUUUGAUACAACAACCCCCCUGAUCCAAAAUUUGUAUGUGGUAAUGCAUAGUUUGGUUCUGGUAACCGCAUUUCAGGAGUUGGCAGCCAAAAGAUUUAUUCUGAGUGUUGCCCAUAUAUGGUCUGUUGGUGGAUUCAUUAUCUUUACAAUGACAAGUAUUGGGUUCUUGUUAGAACGCCGGUCUUUCGCUGCCCCGCUAGAGACAUUGCGAUGCCUCCUCUUCAUUGUUAUUGACCUGGUGACAUCUUCAAAGAAAUACGACUUGGCAGUUUUUUCUGGAAAUAAACUGGAUAUCGUAAGAAUGGUUUAUGUGGUAUCUGCUUUCAUUUGGACCGUUGUCUCCUUGAAAGAGCACAGAAACAGCAAAGCCAAAGCAGAGUAAAAGACUAGUGACAAUCAUGGUCAUUAGUUAGAAGAACAUUGAGCAUGCAGCAUUUUUAUAACGUUAUACAUAUAUAUAUAUAUAUACCCAUUUAUAAAGCUACAUUUGGAUCACUGCAUGAUCUAUAUUGAUUUUUCCAAAUGAACGGUUUAUUUUGAAUCAAUAUUUUUGUAAAGAAGAGUAUUGCUUGAUUCCAAGCAAAUUUUUGUCCAUCCCGAUCGUCACCUUCGCAGAUAUUAUUUGCAGAAUAAGCAGUUAUAUCUAAUAGUCUUUAUCAAGAAACUUGAUUCUCUAGUUAUUUUUGUAGUAAAUGAUAGUGAUAAUGUGGUUCGAUGUAGUUUUUUUAAUUGUAAAACAAAAUUUAUAUAUAUAUCCAUUAUGAAUAUAUCCAUUAUGAAAUUCAA